AGCAGCAAUCGUCUUAGUUAUUGCUUGCCACUGCCAGGCAUGCGCAGUAGCGCUAGUAGUAGUUAGCGAUCUAUAGUGCAGUGCCACUCGUACUCGAGUAGAAUACUAUAAAAGAAGCAGUCAUUAUGGUGAGAGAAAUCUGUGCAAAUUUCAGGCUUGCGUUUUAUGUUUCUCUGUGUAUUUCCAUUUUCCUGGUCAUGAUGUAUGGCAUGAUAUCUGAGCAAAGCCAAGAAAGACCAUCGCGGAUACCUUUUUUCGAUGUUAUGCAGGUACAUUCAUCAAAUGGCACGAGAUAUUAUACUUUUCACACUACUAUCCAAACACCAACACAAGAGAUUAAUAACUCAAGACCGGAAACUGCUGGUGUGACAAGUGAUCAGUUUUCUACUUUUCAAAUUAAGGAUGCCGAAACAGAGUACCACAUAUGUGAUCGCCUUGACGUAAUCAUCCAGGCCAAAGACGCUCAACAUGUUUCAAAAGUUAAUGGAGGAGAUUACUUCCGGGUCAGGAUUUUUAAUAAUGACCUCAAAGCUGGGGCUUCUCCCGAUGGAGAAAUCGUCUAUCUUGGAGAUGGAAAAUAUAAGGCAUCUUUUACAUUACGAUGGGUCGGGAAAACUUUCGUCCGUGCAAUACUCGUCCAUCCAGCCGAGGCAGUGAAAGUGUUGAGACGAGUCCGGGAUACCUACCCGACGAGAUGCGGAUACUCUGGGCGAUUCACCAAGACAGUUGCAAAUCAAACUUUCGCUGAAGAUACGCUGUGCAAUGUAGUUCCUCCCAAAGAAAAUGUAAGCAUAUGUGAUUUAACGCGGUCUGGUAUAGACGCACCAUGGUUCUGCACAGCUCCAAAAAAGGCGAAUUUGAGUUGUUCAGAUUUUUCAUGGACCAGUGGCAACUCGGUUUACUCCAAGUCUCUCCUUGAGCACACUAUGACAACAGAAGAACAAAAAUUAUUCACACGGCAAAAGAAGGAAAUCAGAGCACAAGGUGCCAAUUUUGUCACAGUGACCGACCAAGACAAAAAUACAUCAUCUCUACCACCGCAUUGCCAUAACGAGAGACUGCCUCCAUGCUAUUUAGGUUCCUACAAUCUCUCUAGCUCAGUAUCAGCGGGCUACCUCUUGAAGGGGCAGUGGUAUUCCAACUUUUGUCGCCUUCGUGCGUUUGCAAUCCCCGAAACUCUGAAGUGUCUUACCAACAAAACCCUCUAUUUCCAUGGCGACUCAACAACCAGACAGUAUUUUGAAUACCUCGUGGAAACUCUGAAAGGAACCCUCAAACCGAACCCGCCCACCAAGCAAUCGAACUGGAAAGUAGGACCUUCGCUGGCUGAAGACCGUGUUCACAACUUCACGGUUCACUAUCGACAUCACGGAUACCCGAUCCGGAAUAACUGGACCGAUGCAUCCGAAGUGCAGUACAUCGAGGAAGCGCUUGACGAGCUUGCCGCGACACCGGAUACGGUUUUCAUGUUUACAAUAUGGGCUCAUUUAACAACAGUAAACAUGUCUUUCUAUGAGCAUCGAGUUCGAAGGAUAAAGGCCGCGGUAGAAAGAUUGCACCGUCGGAGUCCCGAAACCCUUGUUGUCAUCAAAAGCGCGAAUACGCGCUCUCAUCCCAGUUGGGGAUCUUCUGCGACAUAUAGUGAUUGGUACGCGAAGGAACUGGAUUUGAAACUCCGAGACGUAUUCAAGAGCUAUGAUAAUAAAAUUGGAUUCAUAGAUCAAUGGUCGAUGGUAGUAGGAUUUUCAAAUAGAGAUGCUAUUCAUCCAGACAAGGCAAUCGUAUCAAGUGGUGUGCGGACGUUGUUGUCUUACAUAUGCCCUAAAUAAUGAAGACUCGUGUACACCAAAAUGCGUGCUACAGGACGACACGAAGCGGAUCCGUCACAGUGCGCAAUUUUUUAAUUUGUAUUUUUUUAGUGGUUGCGCCACAAACCCGACGGCGCGUACCGGGGUACGGUAAGACCUCGCUUAUUCAAACAACCUAUUAGGUAGCUGGUGCAAUAAAAAUGUUAAAUCGGCUGUUUUCGACAAAGUCGACUGAGGUUGGGACAAUAAACGGAAUAGACAAUAUUAUCAUGAUUAUGAUUCCGAGAAGAAAAUGUCGCAGGAAAACCAUUUAGCGAUCUUCGGAUUGAGUUUGUUGUGGCAAUAUUAGUUUUGUUUGUAUUACAUUUUUUUACUUCAGAGAAAAUGGUUUACUAUAUCAUUAGAAUGUGAGUUGUAUUCCAGUUUUCUCUUCAACUUAUGAUGACGGUCAUCAUGCCGUCGAUCAUUAUGCCGAGUAAUAUCAUCGGGUUAUUGAUAAUUAUUAUAAUGGUUUCUUUUGCUAAUCUAAUACUGGUAGAUUCAUAAAUGUAACCGUGAUUUCUCAGUAAGUGGUAUCUCACGCUAAACUUCAUGGCCCGUAUUCUCAACUCAUGUUUAAUUUUUAAACCAAAUGGUCCAGGUCUAAGCUGAAAUUAUGGGAACAUACACAGCAAAACGGUGGUGUUAACCGGUGUACAUAGAGGACCACACCAGUUAUUUCACACCGGUGUUAAAUUAGUGGUGUUAGUUUUA